AUGACCGAAUCUUUUCCAACACGACCUGCGGGGCCAACCACAAAGGAGCGCAAAUACGACCGUCAGCUACGAUUAUGGGCUGCCAGUGGCCAACAAGCUCUUGAAAGCUCCAAGGUGCUUCUCGUAAACUCAGGUGGCCCUCUGGAUAACGAAAUCACCGCUGGUUCUGGAGUGGUGGGUGUCGAGACCCUGAAAAAUCUGGUGCUGCCUGGUGUCGGCGGCUUCACAAUUGUUGACCCGGCCAUCGCCACUGAGUCGGACCUGGGAGUCAACUUUUUUCUAGAAGAGGCGAGCCUGGGAAAAUCGAGAGCACAGGAGACGUGCAGGCUGCUGCGGGAGCUAAAUCCAGACGUCGAGGGAGACUCAUUCGAUCAGCCCAUUGGAGAACUUCUAGAAAAUGAAGGCUUCCUACAACCAUACUCUCUCAUAAUAGUCUCGGCUCCAGUGAGUCGUUCCACGUUAAAAUCUAUUUCUGCCGCCGCCCGACAACACUCAAUUCCUCUCAUUUAUGCCCAUUCGGUUGGCUUCUACUCUGCAUUCUCACUGCAACUCCCUGCUGUAUUUCCCAUUGUCGAAACACAUCCAGAUCCAGAAUCCGUUCAAGAUCUACGCUUGACCAACCCUUGGCCCGAAUUAGCAGCCGUCGCCGCGGCCAAGACGGCGGAUAUAGAUAGCCUUGAUGACUAUGAACAUGGCCAUAUGCCAUACCUAUUGAUACUGCUUCAUUUUCUCGAGAAGUGGAAGAAAACACACAAUGGGAACCCACCUACCACGUACAAAGAAAAGUCAGAAUUCCGUGAGAUGGUUCGGGAUGGGACCCGGGCCGAUAACUUGGAAGGAGGGGAGGAAAACUUCGACGAAGCCGUAGCCGCCGUAUUAAAGAGCAUAAACCCCUGGUCUCUAAAGAGCAAUGUUGAAGAAGUAUUUAAGAUGGAACAGUGUAACAAUCUCACGGCAACCUCUGGCAAUUUUUGGAUAAUCGCCUCCGCCGUUAAAUCAUUCUACACCAACCACAAUGUCCUCCCGCUCCCAGGUUCCCUUCCAGACAUGAAGACGAAGUCAGAAGACUAUAUCUCCCUCCAAAAUAUCUACAAAUCAAAAGCACGCAAAGACGUCGCAGAGGUCGUCGUUACCGUUAGGGCUCUAGAAAGCCAGCUCGGGAGAGAUACGCCAGCAUCUCAAAUCUCUGAGAGGGAGAUCGAAACUUUCUGCAAAAAUGCCUCUAGCAUAAAGGUAAUCUGUGGCCGUGACAUACCCAUUCUAGACUCGACUGCGGACCUCACAACUCUUAGAUCUAUCCGCGACAGCCUCCAACUCUCCGACUCCCUCAUCCACAUCUUCAUCGCCCUGCAAAUCCUCGAUACGCUCGUCAGCGAGUAUCAAAAUACAGCCUCACAAACACAAUCACAACCGCCAUCAUCGCCCUCACUCCCAUCUCUCCUCGACCAAGCCAGAAACUGGUCAGCCGCACAAUCAAAACUCCUAAGCCUCCUGCAAGUCGAUGGCCAGCCUCUCGAUGACGAGAUUCAGUCUCGCAUCACAAAGGCAGUGCAAGAGACGAUACGCGCAGGUCCAGGGGAGUUGCACACCAUCUCCGCACUGGCUGGAGGCUUCGUGGCACAAGAGGCGUUGAAGGUGCUGACGAGGCAGUAUGUGCCGCUGGAUAAUACGUGUGUCUUUGAUGGGAUCGAGAGUCGGGCGGAAAUGUUUAGGUUGUAG